UAUAAAUUUGAUAUUUAAUUAAACAAAAAUAAGAAAGGAUAAUUUAUUUAAAUAUUAAAAGAGAAAGAUGUCUGUGAUCCAAAAUAGACAGAAAUGUGUACCACUUAUUAUGUCAAAAUGUGUUUCUGAGAAACACUCUAAUAUAAAAAACCCAAACAGUGAUAGUCAAAAUAUAAAUCAAAUUAUAAAUUACGAGCCAAGAAUUAUGUGGCCAGAUUUAUUUGCUCAAAUAUUUCUACACACUGGUUGCCUUUACGGAUUAUAUUUGGCUUUAAUGCACGCUAAAAUUUACACAAAUUUAUGGGCUUCGAUGACCAUCUUUGCAACUGGUUUUGGAAUUACGGCGGGAGCUCACAGAUUAUGGUCACACAAAGCUUAUAAAGCAAAAUGGCCUCUUAGGCUACUGCUUAUAGUACUUUUUACAGUAACUGGCCAAAGACACGUAUAUUCCUGGGCAUUGGAUCACAGAGUUCAUCAUAAAUAUAGUGAAACUAAUGCUGAUCCUCACAAUGCAAAAAGGGGCUUUUUCUUUUCACAUGUGGGCUGGCUUUUUACAACACCGCAUCCUGAUGUUGUUAUGAAACGUUUAUCAACAGAUAUGAGUGAUCUUGAGGCAGAUCCUAUAGUAAUGUGGCAGAAAAGACUGUACAUACCUUUAUUUGCAUUAUUUGCCAUUGGUUUGCCUGUGAUCGUUCCUUGGUAUUAUUGGUCUGAAUCAUUCUGGGUAUCAUUUUGGGUGAAUUUCAAUUUUCGAUUCUGUGUGACACUUAAUAUGGCUUUCUCCGUUAAUAGCGUAGCGCAUAUGUGGGGACAACGACCAUAUGAUAAAACAAUAUCGCCAGUAGAUAAUAUGACAGUUUCGAUAGCAGCAUUUGGCGAAGGCUGGCAUAACUAUCAUCACGUCUUCCCUUGGGAUUACAAAACCGGGGAGUUUGGUAAUUACUCUUUUAACAUAACAACUGGCUUUAUCGACGUCUUCGCUUACCUUGGGUGGGCCUAUGAUCGUAAGUCUGUUUCGCCGGAGAUGAUUAAAUGCCGAGCAAAUCGUUGUGGCGAUGGUACAUACGUUCAGAAAUUUUGUAACAAAUAAUGAUCACUAAUUUACUAAAGAAAAAUCCUAAUAACUGAAUAAUUUAGAUCUAGAAACUUAAAACACGAUAUAUAAAAUUUUUAGAUUUAUAAU